CACCUGCUGGUGGGAAAGAGAUUCCCGCCGAUUUGGGCCUUUCUCUUCCUUAACAGACAGCCCAGUGUACUUUCACUUUGACGGCUACUUUUACUUUUAUAUUCUAGUAGGAUAUAUCUACGCCUUGAAUUAGACAACGAAAUAUAGAAAAUGCUUUGGUGCUGAACAAAAAAUGCGUACUCUAGUCUUUCUCCAUGCCUUUGCACUAGUUUGCGUACACAGCAGGAGUAUGAAGGAUGCUGAAAAUAAAAGGUCGAUAUGCGGCGAGGAUUCGGUUCUGAGAUGUAAAGCAAAUUCUUUACCUGGGGUCAAGUACCGGUCAGUGAGGUGGUACAAGCUAGGUGAGGAGCCCUAUAAUAAGGAGUCCGGUCUACUGAUGAAGAGGCUGUCACCUAACAGCACCACCCUAUGGUACGCAGGUCUGGAGCGUAAAGUGGAACUUUUGGCUGAUGAUUCUUUUGAUAUCUUGCUGCCCAAUGUAACGGCUGUUGAUAGCGGGAGGUACAAGUGUCUCCUGGCAGCACCUGUAGGAGAGCAGAACCAGGAGGGGCAAGUUCACCUCAGAGUGACAGGUUGCGUUGACAAUAAGUCCACAGACCAAUCAGAAAGCAAUACCAUCCUAGUUCUUUCCAUUGUGGGGCUUGUGGCAGCAUUGCUAAUAUUCACCAUCAGCUAUGUAACCGUUAUGAAUAUGUUACUACAAAGGAGCAAGAAGAAUCCACAAGAACCACUUUUAGAUGCACCCUUUGAGAAGAAGGAUUUCAUGCUGAUUUACACUCUGGGGCCAAACUGGUCAGGACAGGCUUCCAUAAAACAUGUCUGUGUGUGAGACGCUGUUCUGCUAGUUUGGGCUCAUUGUAUACUUGAAUGAGGAAAGGCAGAGAAAGACUGGUGAACUUCUGAAACUGAGCAAGGAGCCUAAGAGUCAUGUCUACUUUCCAGAGUUCACCUCUAGAGCAGAUGGAGGCAGACAACCCUCUGUCCGGUCCUAUAGAAACAAGGCUUGGUUUUUCAUAGAAGUUAAACAGAAACAGUAGCCUACACCCUUUCUGAUAAAUUGAAAGUAUCAGGGCCAUUAUGACAAACUUACACAGAAUGAAAGUUAAAGUGAGAGCUUAGUCUGUAAAAUAAAAGACAAACCACGGCUCCCCACCCAUUAUAGAAUCAUUAAGUUAGUAAGUGGUGGCUAAAAUAUGACAAAAAAAUAAUAGGGUGUGUUUUGUUAGAAUGCAGUGAUAGCUUUCUAUUGUAAUUAAGGUAUAGCCAGGCAAUUUAUAAUAUUAUAUUGCAGUGGCUGGUGUGAGCCCCUGGUUGUGAUGGAUCCCUGGGUGUGGACUAAGAUUGCAAAAUAAAUACAGCUUUGGUGUACUCGAA